UGUUGACUGAUGAACUGUGGAUCGCAGGUUCGGGUCCAGCAGGGGUUUUAAAUUUUUUUUUUUUUUUUUUUAGUUUACUUUCUACUAAAACUGCAUUUUGUGAAUAAAUAUAUAAAAGUAAAUUUGAAAGUUUUCAAUUUCAAAGUAUUGUUGUACACAUACAGUCACAUCAAAUUAACAUAUAUUAUGUAAAGCCUUUCAUCAGUGUGGGCACUUUCAGGGGCAUUUAAAUCAAGUUAUCUUGUUUUAUACUGCUGCUGAAUAUUAAAAUUUACUUGUAUAUAUGCAGAACAGGAAAAUUAUUAUAGAUUUCGCAGCCUUUGGGGUUAUAUAGUGAUACUAAUACUCCGGUGACCGAUAAGACCAGUGGACCUCAUGAUAGAUCAUCAUUGUGUACUGAAUAAAUAAGGAGGUGGACUGUGAAAGAGAUUUAAAAAUGACACAACAGGCUGGUUUAAAAAUAGCCUCCCCAGACAGGUUUUCCUGGCAGUAUUAUGGAAAAUAAACAGACAGGCGUCCCAGGCCAAUCGACCAUAACAAAAGAACGCUGCGACCAGCCCUCCUUACAAAUUCAAUGAAAAGCAAGAUCAGUUCUUUAUGAUUUAUGUCUCUUUGUUCAUAUGGAAUUUAGUUUGCAUUUGCAAUUUUUUGAUUCAUCAUGUCCCUAGUACUUGUGUGCCUGAGAGUGGGGAACCAGUGUUGGUGAAAUAGAAAGUGCCUUGUCCUCAUUUAUUUGGGAGGAGAGUUCCAUCGAUUGGAGUGACAUUUUAAGAUUUGUUUUGGGGGGAAAAGAAGUUGGAGAAAUUGACUCAAAGUUUACUCUGAUUGCCUCGAGGAAGUCUGCAGUGGAUAUCGGGGAUGAAAGGACUGAAUCAUGAACAGACUGAAGCAAAAUGGCCACAAUAACAGCAGCAGCAAACAAAAUGGGGGCCACAGGAGUAAUGUCCCUUACAGGAAGGAAUGGGACAGUUGUCUGCCCCUGCCUGCUCUCCCCUUCCCCUCAGCAGCAUGUGUUGUAUUCCUAUUAGCAGUGUCCUGUUUUAUAAACAGUUACAAUGGAGAUUUCGUCUUUGAUGACAGUGAGGCCAUUUUGUCCAAUAAUGACCUUAAACCAGAGACACCUCUAUCAGACUUGUUUAUUCACGACUUCUGGGGAAACAAGCUGGACUCUAAAACAAGUCACAAGUCUUACCGUCCACUCACAGUGCUGACCUUCAGAUGGAACUAUUUCCUCUCAGGAGGUGCCAUUCCGAUGUCAUUUCAUGUUGUAAACAUCAUCCUUCAUGGCUUGGUAUGCGUGCUCAUGCUUGCCAUGUUUUCAUUAGUCCAGUCUGGUUACCAUAGCGAUGGAGAAGGACAAGUGAUAUUUGGUGCUCCAAAAGCAUCCCUGUUGUGUGCAGUGCUGUUUGCUGCUCACCCCAUUCAUACAGAGUCUGUUGCUGGAAUUGUUGGAAGGGCAGAUCUACUGUGUGCUGUACUCUUCAUCCUAUCAUUUCUAUGUUAUGUCAGGUCCUGUUGUCAAGAAAUCUCAUCCCAACCCAACAGCAGUCUUCAUUGUCCAGAUGUGUUUUCCAUGGCUUGGUUCUGUAUCAGUAUGAUUCUGUGUGGUCUGUCCGUUCUGUGUAAAGAACAGGGUAUCACUGUCAUUGGUAUCUGCAGUGCCUAUGACAUCAUAGUCAUUUGUAAAAUUGAUGUUUUAAAACUCUUGAGGUUAAAAAGAUCUGAAGGGAUCAUGAAAUCUGAUGUCUCACCCAGCACAGGAAAUCAGAAGUCCUCGGGGGAAUGGUUUAAAAGUCUAUGUGUGCGUCAUGUGUUCCUUGUGAUUGCCGGUGUGACCAUUCUUGUCACUAGAUGGCGUGUGAUGGGAUCAGCACCCCCUACAUUCCAAGUGUUUGAUAAUCCACAUUCAUUUGUAAAUAAUACACUACUUAGGGUACUGAAUUACAAUUAUCUGUAUUCAUUGAACUGCUGGAUACUUGUCAAUCCCUGGUGGCUGUGUUUUGAUUGGUCCAUGGGAAGCGUGCCAACCAUUGAUUCUGUCUCAGACCUCCGUCUAUUGGCUGUACUAGUGAUGUGGGCGGUGCUUAUCUUUCUACUGUACUCAGCUGUUGUAGGAGAAAUUAGCCAGGAGCAGAGAGUGCUGACAAUGGCCUUAGCUUUGUUGAUUGUUCCAUUCCUACCAGCUUCCAAUUUGUUUUUCCGUGUGGGAUUCGUAAUUGCAGAGCGAGUUCUCUAUCUUCCCACAGCAGGAUUCUGUAUUUUGAUUGCCAUUGGAAUCUGUAAACUUCAACAGAAUUAUCCCAAGAUGGAUACACGAUACUUCCUGUUUUUCCUCGUGUCUGUUAUCGUUAUGAGAUCUAUACAGAGAAGCAACCAGUGGAACACAGAAAUGUCACUGUUUACAGCUGGGGCAAAAACAUGCCCCCUAAAUGCCAAGGUGCAUUACAAUAUAGGGAAGCUGAACUCUGACAUGGGCAAUAUAGAAGAAGCUAUCAUUAAAUACAGGCUGGCCAUUAGCCUGAACCCUGAAUAUGACCAGGCCAUGAAUAACCUCGGUAACUUACUGAAAGACCAGGGGCAAAAUACAGAGGCUGAACAGCUGCUGGAGAAGGCGGUGGAAUUAAGGCCAGAUUUUGCAGCAGCGUGGAUGAAUCUGGGAAUAGUACAGACAGCAUUGAAAAAACCAAGUGAGGCAGAACAGAGUUACUACACCGCUCUCCGACAUCGCAGGAAGUAUCCCGACUGUUAUUACAACCUGGGAAAUCUGUAUCUAGAGAUGGAACAACAUCAGCUAGCCCUGAGUUCCUGGAGAAACGCCACUCUUCUGAGACCGAGCCACCUUAAUGCUUGGAGUAACAUGGUCAUCCUGCUGGACAACUUAGAGAAACUGGAGCAAGCAGAGUUAGUAGGCAAGGAGGCCAUUAGGCAUGUUCCUAAUGACCCCACCCCCUACUUCAACCUGGCCAACGUCAUAGGCAAAGCUAAUCGAUACCAGGAGAGUGAACAGUAUUUCUUGAAGGCCAUACAGCUCAGCGGUCAAUCACCAGCAUCCAAGAUGUAUGCCAACUUAGGUGUUUUAUAUCAUCGAUGGGACAAACCAGUGGAGGCAGAGAGGGCCUAUCGUAGAGCACUGGAAAUUGAGCCAUCCAAUCAGAGUGUCCUUCAAAAUCUACAGAUGCUUCACCGAAAGUACAACAACAAAAAUGGGCACUCGUAACAGCUCCUGUUGUGAGAGCUGCAGUGAGACACAAAUUAACUUGUUUUUAGUGGUAAUGGAACACCCAAUUCAUUUAACAACAGGCCCUGAUUAAAAUACUGUCUGCUCUCCCAUGAGGACCUUUCAGUUUGACCCAUGCUCUCUCUCUCUCUCUUACUUGUUGCAUUCAGAGGCACAUAGGGCAAGGACUAGAGAUUUCUACUCUCCUCUAUCUUGAGCUUUUUUCUCAACUUCUCCCUAGGUUAGCUUCGUUUUGACCCAUGGCAGGUAGGAAAAUGUUUCAUAUUUUGGCCAACAAUUUUACCAAGUUUUAACACAGCUGACGCAAGUUUAUGUUAAAGUACCCCUGAAAACUCAAAUCAACCGGCACAAAAAAUUUGGGAAAGAAGCAUCAUAUUUUCUUUGAAGAAAAAAAGAAUUGUGAAAAAAAUAGCAUAGUAAGAAAGGAGAAAAUCAAUGGCAGGACUUGGAAUCAAUCCUGGAAUCAGUCAGGUGCUCUAACCAUUUACCUAUCCAGGCAGAUAUCCAUAAUGCACCAUUCAGUUACACUACUUCCUCCUUUUAAAUAGUUUUCACCCCGCGGACAACAACACAAGUUCUUCCCUCUCAGGACCUUAUCAUUAUUAAUGCCAGGACAGGAUAGGCCACAGUAUCAUUUGUAUUAUUGAGAGAGAAAAAUAUAUGGUGGGACCAGGAAUUGAACUGGGAACACCUUUAUCACUAACCAGUUGCUCUAACCACUAUAUCAAAGAUCCACAAAUUCUAUUACCCUAGCAAGGAAUUCAUUUAAGUUGGGUUUUUUAGGUUGAUAGAAAAUGAGAAAUAAACAAAAUUUUGACUUAUGCCCCCAUGUCCUACAAAUGUCAACAAAGUAGGCAUUUCAUAAAACAAUGAAGUAUCGUUCAACACAACUUUAAGUGAUUGCCAGUAUCCACAACUGGAUCUGAUUCCCAGUAUUCACAACUGGAUCUGGUUCCUGGUAUUCACAACUGGAUCUGAUUCCCGGUCUUCACAACUGGAUCUGAUUCCCGGUCUUCACAACUAGAUCUGAUUCCCAGUAUCCACCCUGUCUUCUACCAUGCACAGUACAUGACAGAUUUUGUGCCAAAUUAUAUACUUUGUUGGCCUUAGCAUAGUUGAUGUCAGGUGUGAGUGCAAUGUCAUUUUAUUGCAUUGCCUUCAAUAGAAAAUCUGCCUAUUGAAAUUUGAUCAAUACUGCCCUUAUCAUUAUAUAAAGAAUCUGAAUAUUUUGCAUUUAAUGCUACAUGUAUUAGCAAAGUAUAUUUUUUGAUAGGAAUAUGCUAUAAUUGCUUGAUGAAAUAAGGUUAUACAUGAAUAGCAUUUUGAUGUCUAUACACAUUCCAUCCAGAUUUUUUGAAUAAUAUACAUUCAUUCAUAUUUAUAUCAUGUCAGUUUGCAUGUAUGAAAAUCCCAAGUUGAACUUGGUGGAACAUUCCCAUAAAAAAAAACGUUUUUGGUAUGUUUUGAUCUCAGUGAUGUUUGAAGAGAAGCACUAAUAGCAUUAGAUAUUUAUUGUUAUACAAGUAUAUGUGACUGUGGAGGUUUCUGUACCCGCAUUGUUUUCUGUCUUGCUGUUUUGUUCAAAGAGUGCUGUGUUUUGUGUAUUGAUUAACGGAGCUUUUAGUUAAUGGAUUUAUUUUUGACCUAUUGUGUGUUUAUGAGUUCCAUUUUGCAUAAUGACUGACUUAAUGGUACAAGGUACAUUGCAAAUAAUUGGUAAAGGUUCAUGGAAUUUUUGUAUGACAUCGCCAUUGUUAUAAAGCCGUAUUUCUUUGUUUAUAAAUCAAAAUAGAUUUGACAGAAUUUCCAA